AUGGGGGAAAUUGCAGUGAGUGUGGUUUCAAUGUUGUUGUUAAUGGUUGGGUUAACAAUGGGAAUGGGUUUGAGUUCGAGAACGGAAUGGUUUGCAUUAAGGGAACUUCGAUCGUCGUUGGGGAUUAGGGCAAAGUAUUGGCCCAUUAAAGCCGAACCGUGCGGGAACUGGACCGGGGUUGAGUGCCGGCAGGGUCGAGUAGUAGGUAUAAACUUGUCCGGUUUGAGGAGAACUCGAUUGGGUAGGCUUAACCGAAGUUUUGAAGUGGGUUCUCUUGUGAAUUUGACACUGUUAGAAUCGUUUAAUGCUUCUGGGUUUGUGCUUAAUGGGUCUAUUCCUGAGUGGUUGGGUGAGAGACUGAGGGUGUUGGAGGUCCUUGACCUUAGAUUUUGUUCUGUAACGGGUUUGAUUCCUGAAUCAAUUGGGGGGUUGAGUGUAUUGAGGGUUUUGGUGCUUUCAGGGAAUUCACUCACCGGUAGAAUGCCUUCAACGCUUGGGAACCUCACAAGGCUUUCUGUUCUUGAUCUCUCUGGAAACUCUCUUUUAGAGUCUGUGCCUGAUUCUGUGUCUAAACUUAGGAACCUCACAAGGCUUGAUCUUUCUAACAAUUACUUGUCUGGGUCUGUUCCACCUGAACUGGGCGCCCUUUCGAGUCUUCAAAAGUUGAACCUUUCUGGAAAUGCUUUUACUGGGUCGGUUCCCUCUCAACUGGGUAACCUUUCGGAGUUGGUUGGGGUUGAUCUUAGUAUGAAUUUUCUGUCGGGGCAGUUUCCGGAUGGUUUGUUUUCCUCUCGGCUCUUGGCCCUUGAGGUUCUCAUUCUCAGAGGGAAUUCGUUUGAUGGUGCUCUUCCUAAUAAUUUUAAGCCGCCCAGGUUGAACUUUCUUGAUGUGUCCAGUAACAACCUCACUGGGACACUGCCGAAUUUCGCAAGUUGGAAUGAUAGCUCUGGUGUUGUGUUCAAUUUGUCAAACAAUUUGUUCUAUGGACUUCUGAACACUUCACUGUACAGAUUUAAAACGAUGGAUUUGUCAAGUAAUUAUUUGGAAGGUGAUGAAGGUGGCGGUAAUGUCAUUCUAGAUAGAAAUUGCCUACAGAUGACUCCAAACCAGAGGAAUUUGGAAGAGUGUAGAGAUUUUUAUGGUGCAAGAAAUUUACCCUUUGCAUUCCCAGAAUCUAAGUCCGGGAGCCGCAGAAGGGUGGUAUUCAUACUGGUAGGAAUAUUUGGUGGGCUUGGCUUUAUUGCGGUGCUGACAUUGGUCCUCGUGCUGGUUCUAAAACAAUGUAAGAAUCGUAGAAGUUUGGAAGUUGAAAGGGGGACCAAAGAUGAGGGCCCUGUUCAGGCAGGGGAAAGCCCUAUACCUCCUAAGGAUGUUGAUUUUGUGACUGGCGUGGGAGAAGCAUUUAGUUCUGAGCACAUGCUCCAUUUGACUGGCAAUUUUGCUGAAGAAAAUAUCAUAAAGUAUGGCCAUUCCGGGGUCCUCUUCUUGGGAGUCUUGGAAGGUAGAGCAACUGUGGUUGUCAAAAGGAUAGACUUGAAACUAUUUAAGAGAGAAUCAUACGUCGUGGAAUUGGAACUAUUAAGUAAGGUUUCACAUGCAAGAUUGGUUCCAAUCCUGGGCCACUGUCUGGAGAAUGAGAAUGAGAAAUGUAUAGUUUACAAAUACAUGCCAAAUAGUGAUUUGGCUACGUCUUUGCACAGAGUCACUGGUUCAGAUGGUAAAUUACAGUCCCUGGAUUGGAUCACGAGAUUGAAAAUUGCAAUAGGAGCUGCUGAAGGCUUAGCUUACCUACAUGAGUGCAGCCCUCCCCUUGUCCACAGAGAUGUCCAAGCUAGCAGUAUACUUCUUGAUGAUAAAUUUGAAGUGCGACUAGGAAGUUUGAGCCAGGUUACUGCCCAAGGAGAUCUUCAACAAGGAGUCAUCUCAAGGGUUUUCAGCAAGCCAUCAGCUUCUAAUGAAGGCGAUCCUGGUAAAUCAUCAGCAACAUGCGCCUACGAUGUCUACUGUUUCGGGAAGAUUUUACUCGAAUUGAUUACCGGUAACAUUGAAGUGAGUAAGUCAGAGGAUGCCUCUACAAAAGAGUGGUUAGAGCAAACCUUGCCUUACAUCACUCUAUACGAUAAAGAAAGGGUGACUAAGAUUGUUGACCCCCAAUUGAUCGUGGAUGAGGACCUAUUGGAAGAGGUAUGGGCUAUGGCAAUUGUGGCCAAUGCAUGCUUGAAUCCCAAGCCAUCCAAACGUCCUCCCAUGAGACAUGUCCUGAAAGCAUUGGAAAAUCCAUUGAAGAUUGUGAGAGAAGAAAAUACUAGCUCAGAAAAGUUGAGAACAAACUCUUCUAGGAAAUCUUGGAGCACUGCGUUCUUUGGUAGCUGGAGACACAGCUCAUCGGACAGUGUUGUUGCUGCAACACAUACAAACAAAGAGGGUACCAGUGACACUAAAAAAUCAAGAGUAGGUUCUCAAAGUAGUGGAAAUGAUCAUUCAUCUUCCAAUAAAAGGUCAUCCAAUGAAAUUUUCCCUGAACCAUUGGAAAUGCAAGAUGUUGAGACUGGAGAGGCAAGAUAA